ACUUUAUCAAAAUGCAUAGAUGCAGUGAUGGUGCUGGGAAAUUCUCAUUUAUUCAUGAAUCGUUCCAACAAACUUGCUGUGAUAGCAAGUCACAUUCAAGAAAGUCGAUUCUUAUAUCCUGGAAAAAAUGGUAGACUCGGAGACUUCUUUGGAGACCCUGGCAACCCUUCUUCUGAAUUUACUCCCUCAGGAAGUAAAGAUGGAAAAUACGAGUUGUUAACAGCAGCAAAUGAAGUUAUUGUUGAAGAGAUCAAAGAUCUAAUGACCAAGAGUGACAUAGAGGGUCAACAUACAGAAACUCUGCUGGCAGGAUCCCUCGCCAAAGCUCUGUGCUACAUUCAUAGAAUGAACAAGGAUGUUAAAGAUAAUCAGGAAAUGAAAUCAAGGAUAUUGGUUAUUAAGGCUGCAGAAGACAGCACGUUACAGUAUAUGAACUUCAUGAAUGUCAUCUUUGCAGCACAGAAGCAGAAUAUUUUGAUUGAUGCCUGUGUGUUAGACUCCGAUUCAGGACUCCUCCAACAGGCUUGUGACAUCACAGGGGGACUGUACUUGAAGGUGCCUCAGAUGCCCUCCCUUCUGCAGUAUUUACUGUGGGUUUUUCUUCCUGAUCAAGAUCAGAGGUCUCAGUUAACCCUCCCACCCCCAGUUCAUGUCGACUACCGGGCUGCUUGCUUCUGCCAUCGAAAUCUCAUUGAAAUUGGCUACGUGUGUUCUGUGUGCUUGUCAAUAUUCUGCAACUUCAGCCCUAUCUGCACUACAUGCGAGACAGCCUUUAAGAUUUCUCUCCCUCCUGUACUGAAGGCCAAGAAAAAGAAACUGAAAAUGUCCGCAUGACAGUAAAAAUUGUUUCCCCAUCACUUAGAGCUAUUAAUAGAAAUUAUAUGGCAGAAUCUUUGUUGGGAAGGCUCUGAAAAAAAUAGAGAUGUGUGUAAGAUAAAUUUUAAUGAACUUUCUUACAGGAAAUAUACUAAAACAUCAUCCUCAUCCUAUGCUUCUUGGGGGCUGAUUUAUUUGAGGGAGUCAUUCUAUGCAAUAUACCCUAAAUAUUUUUCUGACUGGUUUUUGUCCAGAAAUGGAGGAAGAAAGCACAAGUUUGUGAUUUUUUUUUUUUAAUGAGGUGAUCAUUUGUCAAAGCCAGUCUGUCCUGACUGAUUAGAAGCGUCAGAACCUACCAAGUCUAGGUUCUUACUGUGAAAUGUCUGACGUGAAAUUUGAACACAGUUUUGGAAAAAGUGACUAUUUAUGGAGUAAUGGCAUUAAUCAAGAUAGAACGUGUUACUUGAGUCAACACUUCGACUGUAGUCACACAAAUAAAAUCCUUGUUUUCU